AUGUUUACGAUUCAAUUUUACACGUCUGCACCCGGAGGUGUACCCCCAUUCCCGAGUCAAGGGUUUAAUCUGCUGGACGAUAUGGUGGACUCCAUCGUCAAGAACAAUCCCAAAGGGUGGGACUAUGGCGCCUAUACAAAUUACAUUGAUGAUAAACUUCAAAACUGGCAAAACCUGUAUUACGCCUCUCAUUAUCCCAAGCUUAGGAGUUUAAAAGAUAAAUACGAUCCUCAUGACACUUUCGAAUUCCCGCUUUCCAUUCAGGAGUAG